GCCCAAAGUCGCUUCGUGGGAGCUGCUGCGCUCAGAAGCUCAGGAGCCGUGGACCUGGAGACACGCGAGACUGGUGCUCACUGUGAACUGUUCAGGAAUACGCGGAUUUCUUUUUCAUUUUUGCAAUUUCAACUGAUUUUAAAAGGCCUCCUCCUCCUCCUCUACCAACGACCUACUUGAAUAUUAAGCGACGGUUUCCCGAUUCGACGAUGGGGAACGGGAUAUCGGACCAGCCCGCGAUCUUCUCCUGCUUGCCGUCGUUCCAGUCGUUCCACAUCGUCAUCCUCGGUUUGGACUGCGCCGGGAAGACGACCGUUCUGUACAGACUGCGGUUUAAUGAGUUCGUGAACACCGUCCCGACGAAAGGUUUCAACACGGAGAAGAUUAAAGUUUCCUUAGGAGCUAAAAGACGAACGGCUUCUUUCCACUUUUGGGACGUUGGCGGACAGGAGAAGCUUCGCCCGCUCUGGAGGUCGUACACGAGAUGCGCGGACGGGAUUAUUUUCGUGGUGGAUUCGGUGGACACGGAGCGCGUAGAGGAGGCGAAAACGGAACUGCACAAAAUAACGAGGCUGGCGGAGAACCAAGGCGUGCCCGUGCUGGUCGUGGCCAACAAGCAGGACUUGAGGAACUCGCUGACGUUGGCGGAGAUGGAGAGCAUGCUCGCGCUGGGUGAGCUGAGCAUGGCGACGCCCUGGCACCUGCAGCCGGCGUGCGCGAUAAUCGGCGAGGGGCUCCAGGAGGGGCUCGAGAAGCUCCACGCCAUGAUCAUGAAGAGGAGGAAGAUGUUGCGGCAGCAGAAGAAGAAAAGAUGAACGUUUAAGAGUGACUUUGCGGAGUAUAUGAUUGAGCGUUGUGUUUUUCGCCGCUGAAGGGACACGACGAAGAGGUCAGGGGCUCUCCAGAGUGUGGGGUGGGGAAGGUUGGCCUGUUGAGGUCGGGCACAACAGAGACUGAAAUGGUCCGAACUGCACAGAGGCUAAUCCCAGAGAGCCUCUAAAGAACACGAGAAGUUUACAAAGUUUAAAGCCGGCCUCUGUUCCUGCUCUAAGUAUGUGCUGCUUCAAUGUUCUGAAAUCACCAAAGUGUCCGAUGCCUUUGAGCAGACGGUGUAGUGACAGUGUAGUGUUAUGUGUCCAUGUUGCACAGUGAGUUUGGACUUUGUUUGCACCGAUGCUGACGCUAAAGAUAACGCUGACGAUCCACUGGAAACAGAAAGCACACGACCCCCAAACACUGUUAAACGGAGACGCCAGCGGGACCUGAGGACAGAACAGGGGGCGCGUGUGGAGAAGUGGGUCCUUGAGCUGUUUACAUGAGCUGGUGAAUAUGGACUAUCAGUAUUAUUUGCACAAUAAAAUGUUCUGACAAUCUUGCCAGCUGACAUGCAAAGUGUUCAACAAGUGUCUAAACAGUGAAAAUGGCUUUGUUCUUUAAACUGAGCCUGAUGCCAAAUGAUCUGAAAGAGUAAAAACAAACUAGUUUCACUGAGAAUAAAAAGUUUUGAGAGAGUUUGCUGCUGUGGAGGACAGUGCACCUUAUGUAUGUAAAUCUGCAGACUGAGACAGUAUCUCAUGUAUAAUUAGCACAGAGUUUGUAGUUGUUUCCCUUUAGCUCUAAGUGAGUUCACAGCUGUGAUGAGUCUUGUGUAAUGUGUGAGUGACAGAAGCAGCUGUCCCAGCAGGCCCUGCUCUGUUUGCUCUGUUACACUGUUACCUGCACACACACACACGUAUGCACACACACACACACAUACACACGGGCACACACACUCAAACACACACACAGACACACGUAUACACGCAGUCACACACACACACACACGGGCACACACACAAACACACACACACGUAUACACACACACACACACACACACACACACACACAUACACACGGGCACACACACUCAAACACACACACACGUAUACACACACACAGGUAUACACGCAGUCACACACACACACACACACACACACGCUGCAGGCCUCCCAAUGCACUUUAGCCCUUCUCCUGCAAUAGACAGUGGAGACUGUGGAUGUGAUGAAGUGAAGCACAGGAUGAUUAUGAUGUAAAUCCUCUGUCACAUGAGCUGGAAACUGUUGACAUGUUUUGCUCUCACUUUGUUCAGCAGAAUCAUUCUGUUUCUGUGUUGAUCCUCUGUUCAUCUGAAUAAAGCUGAGUAAAUGA